ACCCACUCCGGGCCACGAUGCACAUGAGGAAAGUGCCGGGCUUCGUCCCGGCCUCCCCGUGGGGGCUGCGGCUGCCGCAGAAGUUCCUUUUCCUUCUCUUCCUCUCGGGCCUCGUCACUCUGUGCUUUGGGGCCCUCUUCCUGCUGCCCCAUUCCUCUCGCCUCAAGCGCCUCUUCCUGGCGUCCCGGACUCAGCAGCCUGGCCUGGAGGUGAUGGCCGAAGUCGCCGGCCACUCCCCGGCCCGCGAGCAGGAGCCACCCCCUAACCCGGCCCCCGCGGCGCCGGCCCCGGGCGAGGAUGACCCCGGCAGCCGCGCGGGUCCCCGCCGCAGGAAGGGGUGGCUGCGGCGCACCCGCCCCACCGGACCCCGGGAGGAAGCCACGGCGGCCCGGGGCAGCAGCGGCGUUGCGGCCCCCAAGCCGGGCGAGGAGAGCAUCCCAUUCAGCUUUGACUUCAACGCGUUCCAGAGUCGCCUCCGCCACCCAGUCCUGGGGACGAGGACUGAUGAAAGUAAGGAGCCCCAGAGCCGAGUGCGAGCCCAGCGGGAGAAAAUCAAGGAGAUGAUGCGCUUUGCCUGGCAGAGCUACCGGCGCUACGCUAUGGGGAGGAACGAGCUGCGCCCGCUCACGAAGGACGGCUACGAGGGCAGCAUGUUUGGUGGCCUCAGCGGGGCAACUGUCAUUGAUUCCCUCGACACCCUCUACCUCAUGGAGCUGAAGGAGGAGUUCCAGGAGGCCAAGGCCUGGGUGGAAGAGAGCUUCCACCUGAACGUGACUGGAGAAGCGUCCUUGUUUGAGGUGAACAUCCGCUACAUCGGAGGGCUCCUCUCAGCCUACUACCUGACGGGAGAGGAGGUGUUCCGAAUAAAGGCCAUCAAGCUUGGAGAGAAGCUGCUGCCAGCCUUCAACACCCCCACGGGAAUCCCAAAGGGCGUUGUGAACUUCAAAAGUGGGAGCUGGGGCUGGGCCACCGCAGGCAGCAGCAGCAUCCUGGCAGAGUUCGGGUCCCUGCACUUGGAAUUUUUACACCUCACCGAGCUCUCGGGCAACCCCAUUUUUGCAGAAAAGGUCAGGAACAUCCGCAAGGUCCUCAGGAAGAUCGAUAAGCCCUUUGGCCUCUACCCCAACUUCCUCAGCCCAGUGAGCGGGAACUGGGUGCAGCACCACGUCUCUGUUGGAGGACUCGGUGAUAGUUUUUAUGAAUAUUUGAUCAAAUCCUGGUUGAUGUCUGCCAAGACAGAUAUGGAGGCUAAAAAUAUGUACUAUGAAGCCCUGGAGGCGAUAGAGACCUACUUGCUGAAUGUCUCUCCUGGGGGGCUGACCUACAUCGCCGAGUGGCGAGGGGGGAUUCUGGACCACAAGAUGGGGCACCUGGCCUGUUUCUCAGGGGGCAUGAUCUCCCUCGGCGCUGAGGAUGCCAAGGAAGAAAAGAGGGCCCACUACCAAGAGCUGGCAGCCCAGAUCACCAGGACGUGCCACGAGUCAUACGCCCGCUCAGACACCAAACUCGGGCCCGAGGCCUUCUGGUUCAACUCCGGCAGAGAGGCGGUGGCCACUCAGCUCAGCGAGAGCUACUACAUCCUGCGGCCCGAGGUGGUAGAGAGCUACAUGUACCUGUGGCGGCAGACGCACGACCCCACUUACAGGGAGUGGGGCUGGGACGUGGUGAUGGCCUUGGAGAAGUACUGCCGGACGGACGCUGGCUUCUCCGGGAUCCAGGACGUGUACAGCAGCAGCCCCAACCACGACAACAAACAGCAGAGCUUCUUUCUAGCCGAGACGCUGAAAUACCUCUAUCUUCUAUUCUCUGAAGAUGACACGCUCUCGCUGGAAGACUGGGUGUUCAACACCGAGGCCCACCCACUGCCUGUGAACCACUCAGACAGCUCCAGCGGGGCCUGGCACCGACACUGACCCUGGCCCCUGCCACUAGGGUGCCUCAGGGAUGCCUUGCCUUUUCAGGAUUCAGGGCGGUUCCCAAGGGGAUUGGGAAUGCAGGCCCCAUCCUGGGCAGGCCCUGGACAGAUGUGUCAGACAAGCCACUUCUUCUCCUCUGUGAGGAGACAGGACUUGGAGAUGCAGCAGUGUCAGACAUGGGCCAUAGUCAUGCCAGGUCCAGACAUUCCUUUCUAUGGAGAAUUUCUAUGAAACCCACUCACUUGCCAUUCCAGGGCCAAAGGACCAGAGGUUUGCAUAUCGAUUCUAAGUGUUUGAUUCACUUCCUUUUGGUUUGGGGAUCUUUGUUUUUGCUUGAUUUUGCCUUUUCUUCAUAGUUGAGUUUUAUUACUAUUAUAAAUAUAGUUUUCAAAAAUCAUGUGCUUUCUAAAACAGAGCCAUCCUAAUCAAGGAAACCUUAAAGUGUUUGUACACGCACAACCCUGACCCUAUUAUCUAUAUUUUUAAUACUUUUUGCCCAGUAUUUACUCUACGUUCAAUUACAUGUCAUUUACCAUAUAAUUUGAGGAGGGGGUUCCCCUUGGAUUUGGGCCUCAGUGUUACAAAUCACUAGUGCUAUUUUCAUUAUUGUAAUGGAAAAGUAUGUGAACUAGAAUAAAGGAGUUUAUUGAAUAAGAAAUAAGAUUGGGCUCAUUGCACACCAGUGACUCCUCAGGAAACCACUGCAAUGUGAUCGUCAGAAAGAAGAACCAACUGGCAGUUGAUUCAUUUAAGGUAUAAUUUACUAAACAAUUCCAAAUUCUAUUACUUCCCAUUCAGUUGUCUAAUAUAUUCAGGAAGUGUGAGGCCAAUCCAUUAGAUAUGGAGCAGGAGAUUUAUACUCAGGUUGAGGCUUGGAAGAAGCCCAGAGAGGAGCCGCAACUUGCCUAAGCCACGCAGCCAGUAGAAGGCAGAGAUGAGCCUGACCCCGGGUUUCCCGGCCACCAGAGUGCUUUGUUCAUCUACUCCAUCAUUCAGCAGAUGCUUGGUGAGCACCAGCAGUGGACCAGAUGCUGGGCUAAAAGCCAGGGACACAGCCGAGAGCGAUAGUCAUAAGCCUUGCAGCAAAGGGAGACAGAUGAUGGAGGUAACCUGCAGAUAGAUGAAAUGCACACAUGUUGAGGAAAUGCUACAAAGGAGAUGACAGAUAGGGCUGGGCCAGCCAUGGACAGGAUCUUUCUUAGGGGUCAGGGAGGACUUCUGGGGCAGAUGACCUUCGAGCCACAACUUAGAUGAGCCACAGGAAGAGUGUCCAGCAGCAAGAUGAGCAUCCCCCAGGCCCAGAAACCUCUUCCCCCAGUGCCCGCUGCUGCUGCCUGGUGGGGGGACCUGAAACCAGAGGCCAUCCCCAGAGAGGGCCUUACCCCCACCCACGCUUGCCACUUACCCACACUGCUGAAGUCUCAGGAAAAUGCUGAGCCCUUGCCCUUGCUCCGCUGCUUCCUUCGGCUCUGUUCCUGAACUUCAGUAGCCCUCAGGGUGUCAGGGCUCCAGGCAGGGGACCAGGUUUUUAAAUCCCUGCUGUGUGGACCCAGGCAGCUCACCUCACCUCUCUGGGCUCUUCCUCAAGCAGAGAAAUAUCUUACACCUCCCAAGGUUACUAUGAGAAUAAGUGGGGUGCUUCUAGCAUUCUGGGGGUGCAGGGCCUGCUGCUUCCUUGUUCUGGAGGCUUGGACACCCCCAGGAUCUCCUCAAGCAGAGCUGGGGGUACACAGCCCCUGUAGCAGGAAUCCUAGCAUUUGAUAAAUAAGUCUCUGAGCACUUGCUGGGCAUCAGGGACAUGGGCUUCUGCAAUCCCCCCCACACACGUAAGACAAAAAAACUCACUACGCAAACGUGACAGGAAGAUUAGGAUGUUGAGAUAAGCAGAAAAAAAUCAUUUGCCAUCCUACUUUCUGGAAUGAAUACUGUUAUAUUUUAUUCUAGACCUUUUUCUAUGAAUAUAUAGAAUAUAUAUUUUGCAAACAGUAUCAUCCUAUACAUACUGUUUUCUUAUAAUCUGCUUUUGCAUUUAACUAUAUAUUGUGAAUCUCUUUCCAUGUCAACAAAUAUACAUUUAUCUCAUCGCUCUA